AAAUUGCGACUCGCAACCGAAUCUGGGAUUAAGUAGAGGAAAAAUUUUAGGCGAUCUUUUUGGUACCAGUAUUGACAUAUUUGCUAAAUAAAUAUUACCGAAAAGGUGGUUAAUAUAGUUGGUGGAGAAUAGAGAUGGAUAAUCUGACAUUUGUGAUAUCCUUAAUUAGUGGAGGUUGUGCUGGAACUUCAACCGAUCUUGCAUUUUUCCCAAUUGAUACCUUGAAGACAAGAUUACAAGCACAAGGAGGAUUCUUUAAGAAUGGAGGUUGGAGCGGAAUCUAUAAAGGGUUAGGAUCUUGUGUGGUUGCAUCUGCUCCAUCAGCUUCAUUAUUCUUCAUUACUUAUGAUUCAAUGAAAAUAUAUACUAAACCAUAUGUACUGUCAACUCAAAGUCAUAUGAUCAGUGCUUCAUGUGGUGAAAUUGCUGCUUGUUUAGUUAGAGUUCCAGCCGAAGUUAUUAAACAAAGAACUCAAACUGGUGCUAUUGGAGUCAAUGGUAAAUCUACUUCAUUAUCAAAUUUCCUUUAUAUUAUACAAAAUAAAUCAGGUGAAGGAGUAGUUCGUGGAUUAUAUAGAGGAUGGAAUACUACUAUCAUGAGAGAAAUACCGUUUACUGUAAUUCAAUUUCCAUUAUAUGAAUACUUAAAAGUAAGAUGGUCACAAGCCACUGGUGGAAAAGAUAUCUCACUUAUUAAAGGUGCUAUAUGUGGAUCUAUUGCAGGAGGUAUUGCUGCUGCUGCCACUACACCAUUAGAUGUUAUAAAAACAAGAAUAAUGCUUAGUAAAGAAAGAGUUGGAAUAUUUAAAUUAGUGACUACUAUGAUACAACAAGAAGGUUAUAGAUCAUUUUUAAAUGGAGUAGGACCUAGAACUGCAUGGAUUAGUGCAGGAGGAGCUAUUUUCUUAGGAUGUUAUGAACUUGUUCAUACAACUUUAACUUCAUAUACUCAACAGAAUCCCACAUUUGCAUCGUAAAUAAUAUAAUAGAAUAAUAUAAUAGAAUAAUAUACUUACCAAAAUUAAUUACCUACACUUUGACAUAAACUUAAUAAACUUAAUAAACUUAUCAGAUGGAACGAAAAUCGGAAUUAGGAUCGGACUCGGUAAACGGCUCCAUGGUCUCCUGCACACACCCACAAGUGCCAAAAAAUUCU